AUGGCGCAAAUCAUCCAAAUGACGCCGUACGACUACAGCUCGGAAAAAGAUGUUCUGCGGGGUUUUCUGUUAAGUGCGGCAUUGCACCGACUAGAUCUCACCGCGUCAUGGGCUCGUCACCGGGCAAAACUCGUCUUGGUGGCUGUUUUUCUAUUCGUAUUGGCGGCUUUCCAAUUUUUGGUGCCUCGAGGAGGGUUGUAUACCCCUGACUUCGGCCGCGUUCCGUCAGUGCAAUACUUUGAUUUGCAGCAUUACACGGGGCUGCCCGACGGCUGGCAACGCGAUGAGCGUGUGCUCUUCUGCGUUCCCUUGAGAGACGCUGCUGCGCACUUACCCAUGUUCUUUGGCCACAUGAAGAACAUGACUUAUCCGCACAACUUAAUUGAUUUGGCGUUCCUUGUCAGUGACUCGAGCGAUGAUACCAUGGGCGAACUAAAGAGACACUUGAACGAAGUGCAAAACGACCCAGACACCAGCAUGCGUUUUGGCGAAAUCGAAAUCUUCGAAAAGGACUUUGGCCAGGUUAUUGGUCAGUCCUUCAGUGAUAGACACGGGUUUGCCGCCCAAGGUCCCCGUCGUAAGUUGAUGGCACGUGCCCGUAAUUGGCUUUGGACCGUGGCAGUGAAACCCUACCACUCUUAUGUCUAUUGGCGUGAUAUUGAUGUGGAAACUGUGCCUCCAACUAUUUUAGAAGAUUUGAUGCACCAUGACAAAGAUGUGAUUGUGCCAAAUGUUUGGAGACCGUUACCAGACUGGUUGGGAAACCAACAACCGUACGACUUGAACUCGUGGCAGGAAUCUGACGGAGGUUUGCAGCUAGCAGACACUUUGGACGAGGACGCAUGCAUUGUCGAAGGUUACGUCGAAUACCAAACCUGGAGACCGCACUUGGCGUACUUACGUGAUCCAUAUGGAGAUCCAGAGGUGGAAAUGGACUUGGAUGGCAUUGGUGGUGUUUCCAUCUUGACAAAGGCGCGUGUUUUCCGCACGGGCUCACACUUCCCAGCAUUUUCCUUUGAAAAGCACGCCGAAACAGAGGCGUUCGGCAAAUUGAGUAAGCGCAUGGGCUAUUCCGUGGUCGGCUUACCUCAUUAUGUCAUCUGGCACAUUUACGAACCUUCUUCUGAUGACUUGAAACACAUGGAGUGGAUGGCAUUGGAAGAGGUUCGUCAAGAAGAGCAAGCUAAAAUCAUGAAGGUUUACGACAAGGUCUGGGAUAAAGGCUUUGCCGACAGGCAGCGCAACUGGGAACAAGAACGUAAUGACAUUUUGAAAAACACCGAUCUUGACCGCCACAUUGUGGUUGACUGGUCAGGAGAGGAUGACUUGUACAUUGAUGAUGGCGAUGGAAAACAGCUAGCUGAUUUCAAGCCAUAG